CUUCCAGAGCUAGGAAAACUGAAGCCCGAAUGCCCUGGCAGAGUGCAGAAUCAGGACUCGAACCCAGGUCUUUGACCCCCAGAACGGUGCUCUUCCCGGCUCCUGACCUCCGCGGCUUCGCUUCUCCUUGCCUGCAGGAAAACGCGGUGGCCGCGAUGGCGGCGGACGUCCAGGGGGACGUGUACGUGCUGGUGGAGCACCCCUUCGAGUACACGGGCAAGGAUGGGCGCCGUGUCGCCAUUCAGCCCAACGAGCGCUACCGGCUGCUGCGACGCAGCACCGAGCACUGGUGGCACGUGCGGCGCGAGCCUGGGGGUCGCCCCUUCUACUUGCCCGCGCAGUACGUGUGCGAGCUGCCCGCGCUGGGCGACCCUGCCCCCACCCCGCUGCCUCCCGCUCCCCAGCCGUGCCGCGCGGUCCCGGAGCCUCUGACCUACGACUACCGCUUCGUGAGCGCUCCGGCACCCGCGGGCCCCGACGGUGCGGCUGCGGAGCCCCGAGGCAUCGCCAGCUCCCUGUGUGGCCCAGCGCCGCACAGCACUUCGGGCCAGCGCCGCAGCCUGGAGCCGGGCGGAUGCCUGUAAGUGCGGCGGGCAGCGCGGAUGCGGCCCGCGCAGUCCCUGGAUGACCUGACACGGGCCGCCGCAGCGCCCCCUGCCGGCCUCCUCGGGAGUGCGGGCCACUUCAAGGCCCGCAGCGUGGCGGGCUCCUGGGUGUGCCUGCGACCCCUGGCGCGCAGCGACUCCGAGAACGUCUGCGAGGCCAUCCCGGACUUGCGCUUCCCGCCGCGGGAGAAGAGCCCAAAGCAGGUAGGGCCCCCGAGCCAGGAGGCACGAUCCCGAAUAGAAAGGCAGCCUCUAGCCACGUCGCCGGGCUCUACUGCAACCCCUGGCCUCAGCCCGGUGUGGGAGGCCCACCCCAACGUGGGCACUGGGCGCCCCUACUACUACAACCCCAGCACGGGUGUGACCACCUGGGAGUCGCCCUUCGAGUCAGCUGAGGGUGCCACCAGCCCGGCCACUUCCCGGGCCUCUGUGGGCUGCGGGGGGAGCCUGGAUACAGAGUGGGGCCAGUACUGGGAUGAGGAGAGCCGCAGGGUCUUCUUCUACAACCCGCUGAUGGGCGAGACAGCUUGGGAGGACGAGUCGGAGGAGCCAGAGCACCAGGACGAGCUGGAGAUGCAACCCAGCCUGAGCCCAGCAGCCCCAGGCAGAGGGGACCAGAGACCCCCAGCUCCUGAAACAGACUACCCUGAACUGCUGACCAGUUACCCAAAAGAGGACUGUUCCCCUGUGGGCUCCUUCAAUGAUCCUGACCCCACCUCUCCCUUGGAGACACCCCCUGGCUGGUCCUGUGAGAUUGGUCCAGACAAGGAAAUGUUCUACACCAACCAGUUCACUCAAGAGCAAUGGGUGAGGUCGGAGGACCAGCAUGGGAAGCCAUAUUUCUACAAGCCAGAGGACUCCUCUGUUGGGUGGGGGUUGCCCCAGGUCCCGAUCCCUGCUCCUCGAAGCAUUCGGAAAUCCAGCCAGGACAGUGACACUCCAGCCCAGGCUAGCCCUCCAGAGGAGAGGAUCAAGACCCUGGACAAGGCAGGAGUGCUCCAUCGCACCAAGACAGUGGACAAGGGGAAGAGGCUUUGGAAGAAGCACUGGAGUGCCUCCUGGACUGUGCUGGAGGGGGGUGUCCUGACCUUCUUCAAGGACUCAAAGACCUCAGCUGCAGGCGGCCUGGUGAGACCUGUCCCUGAGUAGGGGACACCUGCUUUUUAUUAGGUCUGAUUUGGGAAAGGCCAAUCUGAGAGAGGGGUGGGUACCCAAGUGCUAAGGAGCUGGGCACUGGUAAGGAGGGGCAAUGAUGACAGAUUCUCUCCUAUAUAAAUUCCUUCAGCCAUUUUGGGGCUGGAAAGCAGUCCUUGGGGGUAGACAGCUCCAACCAGGAGGGGAGGGAGGUUGGGACAUGGCAUGUCUGCUCACAGGAUGGGGCUAGGCUCCUUCCUUCCCUUCUGGAGUAGGCAGGCAGCAGUAGACCA